UCCGCGUAGCCGAGGGCGAGGGGAUCGCGCCGCGAUCCGGUUGCGCGCCGCCGGUUCUCGCCGGCGGAGUGGCUGCGCGGCCGUUGCCCGCGCCGAGGCCCCCUCGUCCCGGCUGGCGGCUUUCGCCCUCGGCCCCCUAAUGCGCCCGGCCCCGUCCCGGAGCCGCGGGAGGUCGAGCUCGUCCUCCGCGGGGUCGAAUCACAAACGGUCUCCGGCGGGGCCGGUCGCGCGGCGGCCUCCCCGCCCGCCCCCGUCCCUGCGCCGCCGGCCGCGGCCCUCGGCCUCGCCCGCCGGGCGGCGGGGCGCGUUUCCCGGCGGGGAGGGCUCGCGCGGCGCCGGCUGCGCUCCGAGCGGCGGCGCCGCUGCCUCGGGGCUUCUCACUCGGGUUUCUCUGAGUAGCAGUGCUGGGAAGCGGCACUGUGCUGAAGCCGACUGUGCUGCGCGCCCAAUUGCAGGGCGCCGUCGCAUCUUCGUCAGCAAUGUGAAAACUUUCAUUUGCAGCAACUUCGACUCUUAAGGCCCGUUUUGGAGAAGACUGGAAUAAGGAAUCUCUGGCUCACCAAUUACUUGUUAACUUGCAUAUUUCCCCAAAAUUCAGUUUUAUACUUGUGGUACUUCUGUGAGUGUUCCUGUUGACUUGCAUGCUUCAUGGCAUGCGGAUCCUUCUACCCAGUAGUAAAAGUGCUAGUCUAGUGCAGACCUAUCCUCAUGAAAUAUUUACAGAUUUUUUUGGAGGGAGGCAGUAGGAAGUUUUAAUGGGAUUUGGAAUGUGCUCUGCUAAGGCUGUGGAAGCAUAGGCAGAGUACUGUUUUCUAGUUAGCUCAGUUUAAAUACAGAAUUUCCUAAAGUAUUAUUGUACACUCUUCUCUGCUUUUAAAUUGUUGACAUGAGGCUGCCAUCUGUUUAUUAUCUAAACACUUGUUCCUUGAAGGGCUUGCUCAGUUGAUGAUCUGGUCUUAGUCUUGUUAUUUUCAUCCUAAAAGUCACUCUUUGGUCAUUCAUUUAAAUAGUUGGACGGCUUGUCUAUGUUUGCUACCACUUCUUGAUUGCUUAAUAUACAGUUAGUAAAAGCUUAUUAUCUGGACUUGACUUUCUGUUUGUGGACUUCUUAAAUAUCAUGUUGUGAUCUGGAAUCAAUGUGUCUCAUUUGAGCACUGCAAUUUGUAUUUUGUAUCCAUGGGCCAUCAUGGAGAACUUGGCAUUUACCACCAAAGGAGUACUGAGGAUGUCUGGUUCUGAAUGCUGGUUAAAAAUUGGGAUAGGAAUGCAGAAUUGUGAAAUUCAGAAAUGCUACAAAUUAUAUACAUCAUGAAAUAGCAGGCCAGCCGAUUUGAUUUUUCAAGAAACGAAGGUUCUGUAAGAAAAUUCUGCCCUUGAAUUCUUUCCUUGCUUUUUGGCACUGCUGUCAGGUCCAUUGAGAAAAUAGAUUAUAAAGGUAUGGAGAGCUGGUGAUCUUCAUUGCAGUUAUCAAACAGGCAGUUGUUUUCAGUUUUUGUUUACAAAGUGCUGAUUUAGAAGCAACAUAGAAUCAGUUAAAGAACUUAGACUUUGCUCUUGUUUUGUAAGCUCAGGAGGAGUGAUUAGUUACUGUGAUCAACAGAUAACUGUGCAUUAGAAAUCUUGUUUAUUCAUUAGUGCAUUAUAACACUUGUUAUUGAGCAAGGGUUUUGUCCAGGGGAUAUUCUCAGACACUUGUCAUCAAGGUCUUGGGCUUUUAUUUUAUUUUAUUUAUUUUUAACAGGUGUAGCCAUUUGUUACGGAGGCUUGUCUUUGUUCUGUGAGAGUGCUGUGCUAUGUAUCUUGUGACACUAGAUGGUGAUUUAGAAAACUGGGAUACCUUUGAGUGAUUCUUAUUCUUAUAUUUGAAAGGCAGUAAAUAUUUAGGGAAAAUAGUGAACUCUACUUUUAUUAAUUGAAGUAGUCACUGAAGUUUCUCCGUGUUGACUAUUUUUGCUCUUUCAUGUGAUCGUCUUCGCUGUAUACCCUUAAGUGCAGUGCUGGAAUGGUGAGUAGCAUACCCUUGUGAACUUUGAAAGCAGGUGGACUUCAGAAGAAUGGACACGUACAGUGCUCUUGAGAUGGACUUGUGCGUCUUUCAAGGACUCAAAGAAUUGAGGGUUUUCCCCUCACUUUACAAUCAGUCUGUUUCAUAUCAACAGUUCAGUGUGGCACAGUUGAUGAUGAGAUAACCUCAGCGUGUUUUCACCAUUCGCAGAAGUCAACUUAACUUUCGAAUUUUCUUUGCUUCUAAUAUGGAGACACAAAGAUGCAAUGCAUAGCAUUUUGCUGUCUUUCCCUUGGAACAAGGAAGGAGUUCUUCAUGGUACCUCAAAUUGUGGUUUCAUUGCAAUGCUUGGCUUUAAUAUUAGCCACUGCUAUGGAUGAGCUGCAGCAAUGUAGCACAGUAUGUAAACCAAAGUACGGAUAUCAGCCAUUAAUUAUGUUUCGUUUUCUUUCCACAGUUAAGUUGAUUUUACAGAAUUUAUCAGGUCUUCCAAGCAGAAACAGGUGAUUUUUGCUGUGGGUUGAGCUCAGCAUGGCUGUAGUCAUCCGUUUACAGGGGCUUCCUGUUAUUGCGGGUCCUGCAGAUAUUCGUCGUUUCUUCUUGGGAUUGAAUAUUCCUGAUGGAGGUGUGCAUAUUAUUGGAGGAGAAAUUGGGGAGGCUUUUAUUAUAUUUGCAACAGAUGAAGAUGCACGGCGUGCGAUGAGCUGUUCGGGAGGGUUUAUCAAGGACUCGCGCAUAGAGCUCUUUCUCAGCAGCAAGACAGAAAUGCAGAAUACCAUAGAAAUGAGCCGGAAACGAUUUGAUCGUGGGGGACGAGAAACUAUGUCUGGGUCUAGACGAACAUGUCCUAAUAAUUCUGGUUCAUCGGAUGUCGGAGACAUUUCACAUUUAGUUGCAGCUAUUACAAAAGGAAUGAGUAAAUCUAGUUACGGUCCGCCAAAUCAUCCGGAGGCUGUUUUCCAUACCAAUGGCACAAGACAUGGUGAUGCAGGUAUACCUAAAUCAAGCUAUAACCAGUCAAGAAAAGAUUGUCAUUCAUUUAAUCCAGAUGAUCUUUACUUAUUUCUACGUGGUAUACCUUACUCUGCAACAGAAGAUGAAGUACGUGCUUUCCUUUCUGGGUUACGUGUGGAUGGAGUGAUUCUGAUAAAGCAUCGCAAUGGCUUAAACAAUGGUGAUUGCUUGGUAAGAUUUGCCACGCCUGGUGAUGCCUUAGAAGGACUUAAACGUCAUAGGCAAUACAUGGGUCAGAGGUUUAUAGAAAUAAGUCCAUCUACAGAGGAACGGUGGAUUGAAUAUGGUGGGAGGGUAGACAUGACAAGUGAAAUUGAUCACUUUUUGUGCAAAGAACGUUCUCCACCAAGAAAUGCGGGCUACAUGCAUUCAAGGAAGCAUUCUCACUCAAGAUCACCACGGAGACAAAGAACACGUUCUCGUUCACCUCCCACCCAGGAAUAUUACAUACACUUAAGAAAUCUAUCUACUAGUCUUGAGAAGAGAGAUUUGAGAGCUUUUUUCCCUGAUCUGGAUAUUUGCAGCAAACAAAUCAAGUUUCUAAUGGAUAAACAUCAGAGGAGGACUAGAGAUGCUUUUGUGAUGUUAAGGAGUGAGAGAGAUUAUCAGGCUGCUUUGGAAUAUCAUAGAAAGGCUCUUCUCAAUCGUCCUGUUUACAUUUUUCCAAUUUCAAGAAGAUCAAUGUUGAAAAUAAUUGAUUCUUGUGAGAGGAAAAGAUCACAGGAAAGAGAUCAUCCUGGACAAGCCAUACAGGAAAAAAAUUAUCGGGAAGGUCAUUCUGGCCCUAAGAUAUGUGUUUAUGUAAGAAAUUUUCCAUUUGAUGUGACAAAAAUUGAAGUGCGAAAGUUCUUUGCAAGAUUUGAUAUUGAUGAAGAUGAUAUUUACUUGCUCUAUGAUGACAAAGGAGUUGGGCUGGGAGAAGCAUUAGUGAGGUUUAAGUCUGAAGAACAAGCCAUGAAAGCAGAAAACUUAAAUCGGCGAAGGUUCUUGGGAACGGAGGUGUUAUUAAGACUUAUAUCUGAAGAGCAGAUGCAGGAGUUUGGUGUAACGGUUCCAUUGUCUGGACCAAGUGAAAUGCAGGGUCAUUCACAGGCAUAUGACAGAGGUGAGCUUUCCCGUCCAGUUGAUUCACCAUCUGGACCACCACAGGGACCACACAUGCAUUCAUUUGGUCCCCCUGGAAAUUUUAGGCAUCCUUCUGAAUUUAGGCACCCCCCUGAGGACUUCAUGUGCCCUCCUGAGGAUUUUAGAGGUCCUCCACCACUCAUGGAUUUUGGUGGUGACGGUGAACCUUUUGGCAGAAUGGAGUUUGGAAAUAGUAAAAUGGGAAGUUUUCCUGAAGGAAGAUUUAUGCCGGAUCCAAAUUUCAGUAGCGGUUCUGAACGUGUUGUUCCUAUUCGAUUGAAAAAUUUACCAUUUAAAGCUACUCCUAAUGAGAUUCUGGAUUUUUUCUAUGGCUACAGAGUCAUACCAGAGUCAGUUUCUAUACAGUAUAAUGAGCAAGGAUUACCUUCUGGUGAUGCCAUUGUUGCUAUGACAAACUAUGAGGAAGCUAUGGCUGCUAUUAAUGAACUGAAUGAUAGGCCAAUUGGUCCACGGAAAGUUAAGUUGAGUUUGCUCUAAAGGAGGAAAAAUACUCUAGAAUAAAAUAUUCUAGAUUUGACAGUAUUGAAAAUUAUUUUCACUUUUUUUAAUUACUGGAAGAUGCUGAAGAAACAGUUUCAUCAACGGUUGUAAAUAGUAUCUAGUUUAGCUGUUUAGUUCUUGGUUGAAAUAUCUGUAUGGUUAAGAUAUCUGAGAACUGUAUUGUGCCUGCUUCUUGUGGCAGAGAAGAGCCCAGAAAUUCUGGAGGACACUGAAUAUCAAGGUAUAAAAGCAUGGAGUUGCAAUGCUCCUUUUUUUUUUUUCUUUCUUUUUCCAGUUUGCUUUAAAUCCAUGUCCCAUGACUUUGCAUCAAAUAAAAAUGUAAGUGCUGAAUGAUUGACCACACAAACGGUUCAAGUAGAAAAAUUUCAGUGCUGCCUGCAUUAGUAAAUUACACUUUUUAUUGAGAAUAGCUUAAAAAAUAAAAAACGAUUUUUUUGUGUAAACUGUUGAUUCUUGAUUCAGUUUCAUGUGGUUACAGGCAUCUCAGUAGGGGAAGGGGGGAGAACCUGAAGAGCUUCCUGUUCACAUUAGCUGGCUUUGCUGGCUUGCAACUUUUUUAAAUUAAAAAAAAAAAAAAAGCCACUAAAUGGGUGUCUUUGUUUAAAACUUGCAUAGUUACUGAUCUCAGCUACCAUGCUUAGUGUAUGUUGGUCUUGGUGAGAAUGAUGCUGGCUGUUUUCUGUGGGAAGAGUGGACUAUUAAAACUUGUCAACAUAGCAGUGACUGUUUAGGUUACAGUGACUCCAAAUCUGUAUUAAUCAGUUUGAUGGGCUUUCUUGGUCUCUUCAUGUAGUCUAGUAUCUUGAGGCAGCAAGUGAAUGUUUGGAGACAGGUAAAGCAUUUGGGCUUCAGACUGAUAUUUCAGGGUGGUCUUUAUUUCAUCACCACGUGCUUGUCAUAUGAAUAGCAACUUGCCAGUGAUGUCUGACUACAUUCCAGGUCACUCUAAUUAGUUUUAACUAACAUAUGUCAUUGGCAACCAAGAUGACAAGCAGUUAUUUUCUUAUGUAAGAAAAUAUUUAUUUCUGUGCUUAUAAUGCUUUCUAAUUGUUUUUUAACAGCAUAUGUAAAUUUUAAGAAGUAAACUGGCUUGUUUUGGGAAGAACUCUGCUUUAAAAUUUUAGGUUCAAUAGGAAGCUUGUUUUGGUUGUGUAGGUAAGGACUUUGCACACUGCUGACAUUGAGAUUAUACAAGAUAGCAUUUGGAGGAGUACUACUUUCAUUUUAUGAAAUGUUGUAAUCCCCUCUAAAACUAAGCCAACAAGCUUGCAACGCAGUGGUGAAAACUGUAGCAUUAACCUUUGUUCAGGUGAUAACUGAAAAACCAUAGAUUCAUCGAGUAGUUAAGGUUGGAAGGGACCUCUAGAGAUCAUCUAGUCUAGCCACCAAGCUCACAGCAGAGCCAACUAGAGCAGGUUACUCAAGGCCUUGUCCAGUUGGGUUUUGAGUAUCUCCAAGGAUAGAGACUCCACCUUAGCUGCAGCAACUCCAUAGCCUGUUUCAGUGACUGAUCACCCUCACUGGCAGCCCAGCCUUAAAUUACAUCUUGCGUGUGAAGCCAUCAAUUACUAGAUGUUUGUAUAAGCUCUGAGUAGAAAUGAGAAAAAAAAAAAAAAUCAAGAGGCCUUUUUAUUUUACAAUUUUUAAAAGACUAGCGUAGCUUCAUUUCUUUAGCAUUUUAUUUGUUGUCUGUUAUAAGCGCUAGGAAAAAAGUCUUUUAAAAGAAAAUGCUAAUGACAAUUCUGUAUACGUCGAUUCUUGGGAGCAGAAAAGUUAAAGGUGGCCAAAUUUUCAAAUUCUGGAUACAGUCUAGUAGGAAUCAGCUUCAGAAUUGUACUGUGUUCUGGAUGCUCCUCCAAAUUUAAAUAGAUUUUAAAAAUUUUGGUGCUUUUUCUUCCCAGUUGCACUAAAGAGGUCAAUAAACAUGAAGCUAACAGAUUUUGCAGGGAAAAUAAAGACAUCUGUUGCUAGGAAUCCUCAAAAUAAACUUGCCUGACCUAAUCAUGCAGUUGAAAACUUUAGUGUGGUUCUUGCUGUAAGUUAAUACCAUCUUUACGAUGAAUUCUUGCCUCUCUAUUAUCAGCUGAAUGCAGCUCAUUUCUCCUCUAGUAAAUCAGCUUUCGAUGAUUUGUUGUUUUUAAAGUUCUUCCAGCUAGUAUAUAAUAGAGAAUUUUAAACAAAAAAAACAGUAAAAUUUCAACCUGACUUCUAGAAUAGAGUUGUUGCACAAAAUAAAAAUUUUAAUUAAAAGGAUUUGGAGGUUGGAGGGAUAGGGGGAAAUUCAGUAGUUUAUUCGCGGCUUAGGCUUUUUCUAAAACAAAAUCUUACACUUAAUGACAUCAUCUGUUCUCCAAAAAGUCUGAGUAACUUCUGAUGAGGUACCAUUGAUUUUGGAGAGGAAAAAAUGGAUUUUUUUCACGAAAACAGACACAAAGCUCAUAGUGGCAGAGAUCAUAAACAAAAAAAAUCUUUAAAUCACACAUUUGCCCUAUAGCUAAUUUGGCUUUAGGCCAAAUUACAACUUAUUGGCAGGUCAAAAAAAUUUUUUAAGGUCCACAAAAACAAGAGCUGUACUUUUUCAAAGUAUGCAUAGAUGAUCUGGAGCAGAAGGAAAUUGGGAAAGAAUGUCUGUACAUCAGUCAGUUAUGAAGAAGGUUACUGGGACAGUGGAUUCUAAAUAUGCAGCUAGUAUCUGCCUAGUAGGUUUUUUUUUUUGGGGGGGGGGGGGGUGGUGGUGCAUGUGUACAUACAGUUUUCACUAAAUCCUGACUUAGGAUCAUGCAAGCGCAUGGGGUGGUGAUAGCAUGUCCUGUUGUUCCUCAUUCCUGAUAAUAUGGGUUUUCUAACUUUAGAUGUUUUAAUGGUUUGGAGGCACUCAGUGUAAAGGAUGAAUCUAAGACAGUAAUCUACCUAGAAUUACAUGGUUUGAAGUUGCUGAAUUACUGCUCUUCCUUGUUAAGUUCCAUGCAUUACAGUAAAAGAAUUAACAAAAGAAAUAAUGCAGUUUGUGCUGUUAAUCUUAAAUAUAUCUAGCUUCCUUAGGUGUGCUCAAUGCGAGGUUGCUUUUGCUGCAAUUGUCCAAAAGUUCUGAUUCAAUGCUAGAGAUCUUUCUUCUUUAAAAACUAGUAAGAGUGAUCAUUUAUGAAAGCAGCUUGAGGCAUUCAGGAGAUCCUUAACAUCUGCUAAUCUGAAGAGGACAACAAGGUGAUCCUAGUCCCAAAUGGAUGGUCCAGCAUUUUCAAUGGAGCAGCAAAAUAUACUUAUCAAGAACUGAUAAAAGCCUGCAUCAUCUAGACCUCAGCGGUCAGAAAUAUGUAUGAAUUAAGAGUCCUGUAGGUCUUGCACUAAGCAAUUAAGCCCAUGGGAAAAAUCUCUGCAGAAGUAUUUUUAGGCAAUAUUUAAUAUCUUCUAUUUUCUUAAGUCAUCCUUUGAUACAGAAGUUUUUUUUUACAGUGGUUGUGCAGGGGUGACAAAACUUAAGGUAUAUGUGCUUAUUCAAUAUACAGUCUGAGAGUAGGUGUGUAAAGGUCAUAUCUUACAUGUUCAGGUUUUCUUAGUACAUGAGAGAAGUCAUCUGUAGAAAAUCUCAGAAUAAUAUUGAGGAAAAUUCUAAAGCAGAAGUCUAAAAUAUUUCAGACCUGAAACUUAAAAAUAUCUGUUUUAGACUUUCAUCUUUCUCCUUACCAAGAUUUUUUUAGGAUUUUUUUUGUAUUUAAUUAUUAUUUUUUUUUUAACUCUUAGCUGCGAGAGUUCAUGUGUGUAUAUAUAUAGACUACUUCUGAAUUUGAGACUGGCUUUUUCAAAACCAAAAUCUUAAUCUCAAAAUAUUGCUUCAGAAUAAGCAUUUCCACAUUACUGUUGCAUAAAUUGUGUGAAGAGUUGGUGCAUCAGAGAUGUUCAGCUGUUCUAAUUUUGACCUUCAUUUCUGGUCAGCUGUGAAGGUGAGUUGUGAGAAAGUACAAGGGGGGCAGGGAGGUGUGUGUAAAAUUUUUCUUCUCUACAUUUCAAGAGUAAAAUAAGUCUUUGCUUUGACAAUAUAUGAUUUUUCUAUUUCUUUGAUGGGAUGACUGAAUAUAUUUGUCAGUAGGAGUUUGAGCAAUUCCAUGAUUACAUUUUAAAUUCUUCUUCCAUCUUUAAAAUGCAUUAAUCUCCUUUUUGUCAAUAGUUUCUAGUCAUGUAUCUGUCCAACAUGCAAACUUAAAACAUCUUAUGCAGGACAAAAAAGCAGCCCAACACCAUAUUUCUCCCUUUCUGCAAUUCCCAAAGUGGACUGUCUGUGAAGUAGACAAGGGGAAGGAAUUUGAAGCUGCUCACCAAAAAAAACCUCCCUUUCUGUACCCUUGCUACUAAUCUUGUAGUGGGAACUAAUCUAAAUGCUACUUGCUCCUUUAUUCGGAACUCCUUUUUGAAGGAGUUCAGAAAUAAUUCCUGUAAUUUCCUAUUAUAUCUGGACUAUAGCAAACCCUGGUAUAGUCAUCAAGCUAACCAUCUAUUCAGGAGAUGGAUUACAUGACUUCACUGAAUCUGAAAUUGUAAAGUGGUGAUCAUCAUCGUUCUGAUGUUCUGACAUGAAUAUCUGAGUGCCCCUCUCACUGAACUACAUGGGAUUUAGUUACCUAGGUACUUUUAAGGAUUUAGUCAUUAGUAUUUUACUCCUUGUCAACAGUACUGUGAGCAUAUUAUGUAAUUCUGCUAGACAAUACUGCAAAAUUGUUUUAUGGUCUUAAAACAGAACCCUCUGUUGUGAUAUUUUUCAUUUGUAUUCUCAUCACAUUAACUUCUGGCAAAACUGUUUUUUUUCACCUGUCAAAACAAGCUUGCUUGGCAUAUUUUGUAUCAAUGGACAAAAGUAAUAUCAAUAUUAAAAAUGUAUUUCCUGCUUUA